UGUGGUGAUUUGCACCACACGUAACGGUUUUGUCGGCUAAGGCAAACUGAAACUUGUAAACAACGUUACCGCAACCAGCUAACGACCAUUCGCCAUCUCGCGCAGGACACGCUCGUAAUUUAAUUAUUUAACCACAGUGAAUGUGAUUGCAGUCGAUAAGGAAAACAUGCGCUUGUACGCUGGUACAUUUGACCACAAGUGCUGGGAGAAAUCAUUGUCCAGCAUAACCGCCAUGACGCUCGCCUCGAAAGGAUUCACUCGGCAGGAGAAAGUGCGCAAAUGGUUCGCAUCAAGGAUGGAUGAUGACGGGCAGGACACAUUUCUGCGUGGCAUUCGACCCUGUAAGUCGUGCUCUUUGCAAUUGAAAUUGUAUACAAAUUUGUUUCAAACCAUCCCUUUUUUCCCGCUGUUUUUUUUAAUACUAGUUAUUAUACUGGGACAAGUGUUUGCCAUAUUUCCGAUCUACGGUAUCUUGUCAAACGAUCCGAUGAAGCUUCGUCUAAAGUGGUUCUCGUUGCGCGUCAUCCUUAAUCUUAUCAUCAUAGUGACUGCUCUAUUGCAGGCGUACUUAGAGUACGGUCGCCUUAAGAUGAUCGGUAUCAAUGCAAAGAACGUUAGCGGUUUGAUUUUCUUUCUCGACGCUUGUCUAAUUAAUGUGCUCUUCCUCAACUUGGCCACCAAAUGGCGCACGGUUGCGGCCAAAUGGGACGAGGUGGAUGAAACGUUUAACCGUGCACCGUACCAAAUGGUUGGCUGGAGUCUUCGGAAGCGGUUGUGUGUCGUUUCGUUUACGUUGGUUUUUCUGGCCGCUGUGGAACAUUGUCUUUCUAUUGUUAGUACUGUGCACAAUCAGCUUGUUGAAAUACGGUACUGCAACUGGACGGUUACGAACUACUACCGGCACUAUGCAUUGCGCCGGUUUGCAAACGUUUAUCUACACUUCCCAUACCAUCACUGGAGUGCGGUGUUCUUGACGUAUGUCUCUUCUGCAUUGACGAUCUUCUGGAACUAUCAGGACAUUUUCCUCAUUAUGGUCAGCAUCGGUUUGGCGACACGGUUCCAACAGAUUAACAACCAUCUGAAAAUUCUGUCCGAUGGAGUAUUGAUACCGGGAGAAGACUUUUGGAUUCGCGUUCGCACGAACUACGUGUCGGUGUGUGAACUGCUAGACGAUGUCGAUCGUGUAAUAUCGUGGACUAUGUUGAUCUCCUGCGCUACUAAUCUGUACUAUAUCUGUCUUCAGAUUCUGUACGUUUCGAAGAAGCUGGCUAACAGGGUAGAAGAUGCUUACUAUGGCUUUUCGUUGGGAUUUCUGAUCCUUCGCACCGUGAUCGUAUUCCUAUCCGCCGCACACAUACACGAUUGUGCUAGAAAACCGCUGGAAAUAAUUAUGAAAAUUCCCAACGUCGGUUGGUGCGUUGAGCUUGAACGUUUCUCUACACAGCUCAAGAGCGAAAAGGUAGCUCUGUCGGGGAUGGGAUUUUUCAGUCUGACACGUCAACUACUAUUUUCGAUGGCUGGAACAAUUGUGACGUACGAGUUGGUCAUGCUAAAGUUCGACCAAGAAUCCGAAAGCCAGGGAUACAUACCACUGUGCACCCAGUUUGCUUUUGAAAAGUUUGAAAGAACCCUUGAAGCGCCUGAUGGCGUCCGGUGCAAGAUGAUUGAGGUUGGUUUCGGGUUUCGUUUACCACCGCGACCGGUUCGCAACAUCAGCCAGCAACAGAAUCGUUCCAGAUGGCACUGGUUGCGGAAACGCGGAAACGUUACAUUUGUUAGACCCGCAGAAGAAAUCGAUGAUCAGAAGGAACGAUUCUAUCUGGCCAUCUCGUCUGUUCUCCGUUGGGCUCGAAUGCUUGGUGUGUUUCCGUUAUCCAACGUUACCGCGCCCGAUCCUGAUGCGUUACGGUUUAACUAUUUUUCACUCUACAUCGUGCUGAGCGUCCUGAGCGUUGCUGGAGGUUUGUUCGUCAUGAUCGCCGCCCUGAUACGGUUGAAUCGCGUUGGCAUCAAUGCGAUGAACAUUGCCGAACCGAUCUUCUUUGGGAUAUGUACACUCUUGACUUUGCUGUUCGUUCGGCUAGCGAUAGUUUGGCGCAAGUUUAUGCUGUUCUGGGCCCAACGCGAGGAGUUAUUCUUUGCACGCCCGUACGGUGCCAUUAAUUUACGGCGUAAGGUGAUUGGUUUGGCGCUGUGCAUUCUUGUGUCCGGCUUGGUGGAACACGUGGCAUACGUGAUUAAUCAAACAUACAACGUGUACCAGGAGAGUUUAACCUGCCGGUAUAAUGUGACCAACCCAAUCAAACUGUAUGGCUCGUUGACCUUUCAAUCGGUGUACCAAUCCGUUCCAUACCAUCAUCUCGUAACGAUGUAUUUACUGUAUACGACGAUUUCGUUAACAUUCGUGUGGACGUUUACGGAUCUGUUCAUUCUGCUGAUUGCCACCGGUAUAGCCUGCCGUUUCGAGCAGUUAAACAAACGUAUCGACACGAACCUGCAAAACAGCUCCGAAGCUUUCUGGGGAGAAAUGAGGACACACUUCGUCGGGCUGAUGGAGUUGGUCGAGCGAACGAAUAGGAUCGUCGGUCCGCUGGUGAUCGUUUCCUGUGCCAACGAUAUGUACUUUCUUUGUCUGCAGACGCUCAAUACGGUGGAAGAUAAACCUUUUGCCAUCAAUGAGUGGUACUUUCGAUACUCGUUUUCCUUCCUGAUAAUGCGCACCACCGUCAAGCUUUGGUACGCGGCAGAAGUGGAUGAAAAAUCGAAGCGAACGCACAAGCUUGUGCAAAAGAUACGCAGCGAGCAUUAUAACGAUGAGCUGGAAAUAUUGCGUAUCUGCUCCGGUGCCGGUGUGUCAAUCUCCGGUAUGGGGUUUUUUAAUAUUACACGUAAAAUAUUUCUUACCAUGGCAGGUUCGAUACUAACAUAUGAGCUGGUGUUGUUACGAUUCCAUCGUUCCUCGAAAGGUGUUGGAGCGGAGCUGCCCUGUGCCUAUAUUGACUGAUGUUUAACACGGCU